UUCAUGCGGGUUGCUUUUCGCUGUCUUUAUUUUGUUCAAUUGAAUGAACCCUCAUUCAUUCGAACCACCAUUCAUACAGUUCAUCGAGUUUUACUCUUGUCAAAUGAAAAGGCAAGUCUAUCAAUUGACUUACUGAUCACGAUUCAAUUGAUCUUCGCGUGGUAGUGCUAAACGUUAAGAUUUGGUUCAAAGUAGAAUCCCAAGAAUGGAAAGCCAAAAAAGAAAAACUGAAAAUUCUAAAAGUUUUGCCGAAAUCACAGCCCAAUUCGUGCAAAAAGACGGAGAACGGGUGUACUGCCGGAUUGAAGGCAACAACAAGUGCACAUACAUCCAAUCAAAAUACGAUGCCGGAAACUUUAUCCGUCAUUUUCGGACUCGUCACACAAACCUGGCUAAAGAGCACGGUUUGAUAAGUGAACAUCAGUGCUGGAAAGCCUCUAAAAAACCUCGAAUUAUCCCUAAAAAAUCAGUUCCAAUUGACAAACAGUUGCUCGUGGAUUCAGCCAUAAAACUCGUAACCUACCAUCAUCUUCCACUGUCGUGUUUCCAGUGGGAAGGCCUUAGACAGCUACUGGAUCCCUUAGAAGCAGCUGUGGGAAUCAAGCUGAACCGAUCAAACGCAACAGUACACAUUGAGCAAGCAGCAUCUAAAAUCCGGACAACCAUGGCAAUCGAAAUGAAAACCAGACUGUUAUGCUUAAUGAUCGACUCAGCCUCUCGACUUAACCAUCAUGUUCUGGGGAUUCUAGUGCAAUUCGCUGUGGGUGACACAAUUGUAACCAGAACACUAGGUGAGAAGAUCUAUAAUUAUUUUUGA